GCGUUGCCAGGGCUGCAUCAAGGAUAUGCUCGAUCCUCGUCUCUGUCUCUGUCUCUGUCUCUCUCUCUCUCUCAAAGUGGGUGGGAAAAUGAAUGGCUCAGGUGACUCAAAGCCGGCGCCAGAGGUGAUAGAGCUGCAGCCAAUCGAAGCCACUCCGGCGAGCUUCGAAGAGUACGGCCAAGUCAUUGAGGCUUCCCCCGAUGGCGACGAGUUCGGACCCCAAGAUGCUCAACUAGACCUCAGUCGUGGCGUUCCCAGGUUUUACAUUAUGCAACUCGAAAACCGACCACUUAAGAUCUCUACAAUCACGCAUCACGCAAGUGUGACCCAAUGCCUUGGUUCGGUCGGUGGUCAUGUUUGGUAUCUUGGAAUUGCUAAGCCGUCCAUUGUGGACGGCAUUGAAAAAGACAAGGAUGACACGGGCAGGAACACUCUGCAAUCUCCUUGUGGUCAUUUCUAUGUGCCUCCUGUUGUCGAGGAUGUCCGCGUUUUCAGAGUUGCGGGUCCCAAGUUUCUUAAGCUGAACCGAGGGACAUGGCAUGCUGGGCCGCUGUUUAAGGAUCAUACAAUGGCCUUUUACAAUUUAGAGUUGAGCGACACCAAUGUGGUUGAUCACACGACACACAGCUUCAUCCGCAAAAACGGAGUGAUCUUUUCCAUCAAUGACUAGUUAACUUUCAACUGCUCUGUUUUCAGCAUAUGCUACUGCUAUUCCAGAUGGUAUGUAUUACGAUAUAAUCACAUAAUAAAAUGCCCAGGGAUUUUUUUUUUUUU